UCAGAGAGCACACGCGUCAACCUCUUAUUCCUUUUCUUCAUUUCGCCGUAACUUCCCAAUCUUCUUCCUUAACUAUACACACACACACUAACUGAAGUCUCUCCUUGAAGGAAGAUGGAUCUGCAAGCGUUGCCGGAAGGAUGCAUAGCCAACAUACUGUCUCUAACCACUCCUCUUGAUGCCGGCAGGCUCUCCUUGAUUUCCAGAACCUUCUGUUCUGCCGCCCAAUCUGAUUCUGUCUGGGAACGUUUCUUACCCUCUGAUCUGGAAUCCAUCAUUUCUGAUUCUCAUCAAUUUUCUUCUUUGAUUGCCGCCUAUCCUUCUAAGAAGGCCCUCUACCUUCAUCUCUCCGACCAUCCUCUUCUCAUUGACCACGGUCGCAAGAGCUUUCAAUUGGACAAACGGACUGGGAAGAAGUGUUACAUGAUUGCUGCAAGAGACCUCACCAUUAUUUGGGGUUCCACUCCUGAGUACUGGGAGUGGAUAACCCUGCCUGAAUCCAGGUUUAAAGAAGUUGCUAAACUUCUUGCUGUGUGUUGGUUCGAGAUUCGUAGGAACAUCAGCACCAUUAUAUUGUCCCCAGGCACACAAUAUGCAGCUUUUCUUGUGUACAAGAUGAUCGAUGCUCAUGGAUUUCACUUAGAGCCCGCCGAGUUAACAGUAGGCAUAGUCGGAGGGAUAAGUUCUACCAAAAGUGUUUGUUUGGACCCAAACGUAGAAGAGAGGCAUUUGGGCCCCAAUUUCCAAGGAUUGGAACGACCGAAGGAGAGAAGCGAUGGGUGGUUGGAGAUUGAGAUGGGAGACUUCUUCAAUUUAGGAUUAGAAGAUGAAGUUGAGAUGAAAGUUAUAGAGAUAGACAGCAAAUGGUGGAAGCAUGGUUUCUUUCUUCAAGGGAUAGAAGUUAGGCCUAAAAUCGUAUGAUGUUGUGGGCGCGUCUGUGGUUUAUAUUUUGCUUGAGAGAGAAGUUAGCAGGCAUCUUGUUAAAUGUUAAGUAAUUGCAAAAUUAGGGGAGGAAAUUGGAAAUGGGAAAACGUUUCACCGAAAGAAAAUCUCUGUUGUAGACUAAUAUAAAAAGAGAAAAAAGAGGAAGCACAGAGGAAUAAUGUUUUUUUCUGAAA